CUGCUGUGUAGUUUUCUUUGGCAUAACAGCAACUUGUUCCAAUCUUUUGUUCCUGUAUACAGUAUAUACAGUAUAGCUGUGACUAUUGCAGGUUGUUGAAAAUGAAGUGGACACUGGUGCUGCUCCUUGAUACGAUGAUCACAAUAUGAGAUGAUGGUAACUCUUUUGCUGUCAAAAUGCAUAUCAGGGGGCUCCCUGGCAGAGGUCAGCUUUGGAUGGACGUAUCGCUACUCCAACGUCACCAUGACCUGGUCCGAAGCCCGGGAGUGGUGCCAGACGCACUACACAGACAUGGUGGUCGUCCAGAGCCAGGACGAGAACGCCGCGCUGGUCUCGUUCUUGCCUAACAAGAACCACAGUCCGUACUACUGGCUCGGGAUCACCAAAACGCACAAGGACAGGAACUGGAUCUGGAUCGGGAAUAACAGCACGUGGGUCGGCGAGGAGUCGUGGGCGGAGAACGAGCCCAACAACAACCAGAGCUGGCCCGUUUGCGUGGAGCUCUACGUCAACGCCCGAGCCAACCGAGGGAAAUGGAACGACGAGAAGUGCCAAAACGCGAAAUAUGCAGUGUGCUACCAAGCUCAAUGUAAUGCGACCGUAUGUGGAAGAGGAAGAUGCCAGGAGGCCGUCAACAACGUCACCUGUCUCUUUGAGGGAGACGCUUGUCAAACAGUUGCCCCCGUGCCCCCAGCUGUGGAAUGCCCCCCUCUGUUUCACCCCAACGGAUACCUCCGCUGCGCAGAAGGAAACCACACGCUCAACUCCACGUGUCAGGUCACAUGUCACCCUGGAUUCCUGAGGAUCGGCUCGGCAGAAGUCACCUGCGGGAUGACGGCCGUUUGGAGCGGCCCGAGGCCGGCUUGUGCGAGCUAUAAAUUCCUGGUUGUUGUCGUGGGCUGUGGAGCCUUCACGUUUUGCUGCAGCGGCUGCAUGUGUAUUAGCUGGAUGAAGAGCAGGAAAAAACAGAAGCCAGCUCAAGUGAGGUCGGCCGAGGAAGCGGCAAGACUGUCCAGUGAAUUGAAGGAAUGAAGAUCAACUUGUGUUUAUAUAGUCAAGCAUCUAUAAUUAGUCACAUGCUUGUACAGUAUUACUUCAUUGAAGUUGGACUCAUGAUAGUGUUCACUCACUGUUUCAUCCUGCGCAGGCAGUAAAUUUUAGGACUCCUGAGGACAUUGUGUGCUUUUCCGUUGCUUUUUUUCUUCCCACGCUCUUUUAGCGCUGUUGAAUAUAUAGUAGAAUAUAUAGUAGCUUUUAAUUUCCAAGAGGAUAAUUAUCUUUAGGUGGGAAUGUGGGCCUAGUGGAUAGCGCAUCCGCCUCACAGUUCUGAGGUUGGAGGUUCAAAUCUGGGCUGCUCCUGCUUCCUCUCGUGUUCCAAAAUCAUGCAUGUUAGGCUAAUUUAAGACUAUAUUGUGUAUAGGUUUGAAUGUGAGUGUCAAUAGUUUUUUUGAUUUUUGUCUAUGUGCCCAGUGAUUGGCUGGCCCCCAGUCCAGGGUGUACCCAGUUUCUUGCCCAAAGUCAGCCCUGGCUAGGCUCCAGCUCACCUGCGACCUUAAUAAAGAUAAGCGGUACAAAAAAUAUAUAAAAUAAAAAACAAAUAAAUGGAUGGAUAUUCAUCUGUAAAAUGUUUUAAAUUAAUCAUCUUUGAUCUUUCCGUUAGCCUAAAAUGAAACACCAACACAAAAGCCAACACGUUUGCUUCUAGCGACAAUAACAUUUCCCAUUGAAAACUAUUGAAAAUGCAUUUUUUUAAAAACCCACAUUUAUCUUAACAUAAAAUAAAGACAUUUCUAAUGAUGAUAGGAUUUCAAUUUGGACUACAGUGAUUCUCUGCAUUUUUGUUAUUCACAUUUUCCCACCCCUGUGGAAUUGAUCCUUUUCAAAUUGCUGAAAGUUUUACUUUUUACAUUUGUCCAGCAGUUGGCGCUACUUUCUUCUUAUUCAAAGCCAGCAGAAAUCUUUUACACAUUUGACUAUUUUCUGCAAAGUUCCUCUACUGCAAACAUAUGUUGGAUAAUGGUGUGUGCACGUGUGUGUGUGUGUGUGUGUCUUUCAUGUCCUACUUCAUAAAUCCAACACCAGAAUAUAAACGGAUUCAAUAAUAAAAGUAUAACAUCUGCAAAAUAUGAAUAAUAUUUCUUCUUAUUCUAAAAUUAAUUAUAUUAUAUAUGUGUAUUUUGGGCUCAAGUAGUUUAAAAGGUGUGACGGUGGAUUCCCGCGCAAUUAAUGAUGAGGGUUGUUAUCAGGCUAUGCAUCUACAGUAUUGUUAUUUUCCACCAGAAUGGUAUCAGGCAACCAGUCUUCCUCUAUCAGUGAAACCUUUGAUGUGACUUCGUCCUGUUCGACGGUCAGCAUGCAGUCACAUCCUGUCCAGACUGCCCCGCAACUGUUAUCACUUUAUUUCACACGCAUUUAUGACUGCGCUGGACAAACAACGCUUUGACCUGUUGCUGUUUCCGUUUGACUUUGUAAGCGCCGUAACUCAAAGCAACACCUCAUAUAUUGUACAAACAAUGCUAUGUUUGUCAAAGCGGAGUCAGAAGUGAAAGUGCUUUAAAGCAACAUGUUACAGUUGUGAUUAGCCACUCUGUGAAUGUGCAGUUGUUUAGAAAUGACUCCAAAAAGACUUUCCCAACUUGUGUAAAUAUAGAAUUUUCUUUCUUGGAUUGUCACCAAGUUCCUUGGACUUUCUCCAUUGUUGAUUAACACAAGGACUGCAGUCCUUUUCAGUGAUGGCAAAAAAGGAUAAAGGAUGCCUGUGGGUGUUGUUAUAUUGUUCAUUUAAAUGUGUUGCUCAACUAUUUGUGUUCAAAUAUCUGUUGCUUAGACGGUCAUAACACUAUAACGCCGAUACUAUUUGUUAGCCUGUCUUUGGUGUUUCGCAUUGUUUGUUAGCAUUGAGUGUCGUUUUAAAUACAGACCACGUAAUUCUCUUUGUUUUAUGUUUAGUAUAUUGUACAUAUAUUUAUAUACCUUUUCCUAGACCUAUACAUAUUUAGCAAUACCAAUAAUAAGUACAAAAAUAAAUACUUACCCCAGGACUACCUGAAAUCAAGAGACACACCCUACAAAAAUACUCUAAUAAUAAUGCUUUGCCCAGACUGUCGGGCGUGCAAGCUUAUGUGUGGCUCAGGGGAG